UUCCUUCAUCACUUAGGAAAAAACAAAAUGGCGGAAGCUACAGUGGCACCUCCUUGUAACACAAGAUUCUUUUGUCAUGAGUGUCGCAGUGAAGUUCGGCCUAAUAUUCCUGCCUACACAUGCUCAAGAUGCAACAGUGGUUUUAUCGAGGAAAUGGAAAGUGGUCCAGCUGCACAACCACAGUCCUCUGCCAGUGCCACACCCACAGACCCUGCUGUUCAGUUUGCAGAAAUGCUUAGCAAUGCUUUUCUGGAUCCCCUCCGUAAUUCAGGAGGGCCUGGCACCAUGUGGGGCACGCGACACAGGUACAACACUCGCCAAGCAAGCCAAGCCCCACGAAAUCCAACAGAAGACACAGAAGAGAGCGAGGAUGACGAUAUGAGAGGUGUUGCACCGAGUGCUGUGUUCCACUUUACUCCCGGUGACCUUCACCAACCAGGCCAGCAGACCUUCCAUGGGAUUAUUAAUUACAUGAUACAGCGCCUUGGCAGUGACCUGGGAGGAGGCCCCCCAUUUGUUCACUUACAUGGCAACCCAGGGGAUUAUGCAUGGGGCACAGGAGGUCUGGAUGCCAUCAUUUCGCAGUUGUUUAGCCAGUUGGAAGGAUCUGGAGCCCCACCAGCACAAAAAGAAAAAAUUGAGAGCUUGCCCACAGUGACCAUAGAUCAGUCACAUAUUGAUGCGACAUUGCAGUGCGCUAUAUGCAUGGAUGACUUUGAAUUAUAUCAGAAAGUUAGAAAGCUUCCUUGUGACCAUAUGUAUCAUUCAGAAUGCAUCGUGAAGUGGUUAGAAAUGCACGGCACGUGCCCAGUGUGUCGGAAGGACCUAAAUGGGGAAGAUACUUCUACAAAUGAAGUGGAUUUUGCGUCAGUGUUUCCUCGAAAUGGUGAUGAUGGACAGGGAGCAUCCUCGUCCUCCUCCUCAUCUUCCAUAUCUAUGGGUCCGUCAGGCUCCUCGUCUUCUUCUAUGGAUGAUCACCAGGCGUGAUCAUCAGAUUGUUUGUUGGAUGUCACAGAAACUCUAACCUCAAAAUAUUUCACUCCAUGCCCAUGCCACUUUGUAAAUUUAAAAGACAGGAGAGUUUCUUUUCAGGUGGAAGUAUAUUAGUUUUGAACAUAGAACUGCAAUAUGAAUAUAAGUUUGUUAUCGAAAAUUUCUUCUGUAGUUUUAAAUAUCUGCAGUGGGAAAUUAAUUGCUCAAAAAUAUGCUGAAUCUUAAGCUAGAGUAUGCAUGUAUACUGCCUACUACUUUUUGCUCCUGGGUUGUGAUAAGGUUGAGUUCAGUCUUCUCUACUCCUUUUUUCUUCUAACUAGUACGGUUGGUUCCCCCUUCCCCUUCCCAAAGCUUAUAUUUAUGGAAAGUGUAACAUCCAUUUUCUUCACGUUAUGGUGCCCGUGAAUGGGAAACCUAUGGCAUGGGUAGGAAUAGCUGUGUUGCUCUGUGAUAUGAAAGAGUGUGCUUGACAGGACGGUGAAUGCAUCUAUUGUGUGUGAAUGCUAGUAUAGUAGUCUCCGCCAAAAGGCACAGUGCUCAGGAGGGCACCCAAAAAUGCGUUUAUAUGGAGCGUGCAUUUAUGUGAACCUGUGCAAAGGGGGAAAGGGAAAAAACCAUCCCAUAUCCUUGAUGUUUAAGUGAUUAUUGUUACCUUCCUUGGGGUUGGGAUCGUUUCCACUGAUUAUAUGGCGGUGUGGCUUGUUUUAUAAAGUAUUCCCCAAUCGUGAUUGCAUCUACAGAAGCAUUAAAUGAGUGGUGGAAAAAAGCAGAAAGUCUGACUACUGACUCACUCUACUGAUGUGCACAAACAUGUUGGGAACAGGCAAGAGGAAGCUGUUGGUGAUAGUCAAAGGGAAGGGAGCUCAGCCAUGCGGCUUUCGAAGCAACCACUCCCGACAUCCGGUCAUGUAUUUCAUUUUGGUAAAUGCAUGGAUGACAUUAGACAUCCUAAGAAACUUUUAUCUAGUGAAUCAUUGAACUAGUACCGGAAAGUAAUAAGUUUUUUGAGUAAGUUUGAGCUCAGUUGAUGGCUUGACUAAAUCUUUAAACUUAUAUAUUCAGGCCUGUUGAUUGUUCUGCAGCAUUCACACAUGUUGUCUAUCAUGGUCGUAGGCCAAACUAAACAUUACAGUCACCAAAACAUCAGUGAGGAACCUUCUCUCAAAGAUGCAUUUCAAGUGGCCAAUCGGAAGACAUUUCAGUCUCUUCCUAGGGUGGGAACAUGCUGUCCAUCACUUUUUUGUGUGUUAUAUGAGGAGCAUUCAAAUAUGCAGUUGUCCUGACUUGUCUUUGUUUUCAUGGUGCAUGCCGUCUAGGUUGUUUAGCAAAUUUCCCUUUGUCAAGCUUUAUCUGUCGGCGGGUUUUGCAGAUCGAAGUGUGCGUUUAGGGGAAGUGACCUUGUGUUUGUAUAUCUAAACUAUGUAGUUGAAAGCCUGUCAUAUGACGAAAGCGUGCGUUUGAGUGGGGGUACUUUUGUAUGACUUGCGUUUAGGCGGAGACUACUGUAACAUCACUAUGUAUAGUUCCCAAUUUUGUGUUUUGAUGAGAUCUAUUUAAAACUUUAUGCAUGUCUGUAUGUGUGAAGAGUAUAAAUGCGAUACCAAUGUUGCUAUAUUUGGGUAAUCUUAAUCUCAGUUGUAAUAAGAUUUGAGAACUUACUCAAAACCUUAAUAUUUGGCAGUGUUACUAAUUAAAAGACUGUGAAGUUUUGUAAUUUUUCUAAAGGUCUCCUGAAGCAAGCAUGUUUUACUCUGUCCUUGACUGCUGUAUUCAUCAUUUGUUAAAGCUGUUCUGUUGCAAUUGUUCUACUCUGCUGCUCACCUGUCAAACUUGAGCUAGCUGUUGUAAUCAUUUGUUGAUAAAGUCACUUAACUAGUGAAGUUUUACUCCUCUUCAUCUGUCUUGUAGUAAUGUCUUAUGUUAUCAAGUGUGCCAUCAUUGUUUUUAAGUAACAAAUAGUCUGUGUCCUUUAAUAGUAAUAUUUUAAGCAUAUGAGAAGUGUGGGGGUGCUUAAAAGUCUUUUGAUUAAAAAAAAAAAAUGAAGUAAAAUCGUAAGUUUAAAAGUUCUCAACUCAAUGAUUUUCCAAUUACGGAAAUUUUUCAAGUUAUAACCCUUUUAUUACACCAAAGCUAUCUUGUGGACAUCCGUGAAAUGAAUCAAUACCUUCACAAAAACUUGGGACAUAAAUGCUGUCUUGAUUUUUCUCGCUUUUGUUGCCCACUUCCCUUUAAAAGAAAUGGUUCAACUGUUUUCAAAAGAUUUGUGGGCUGUUAAAGAAGUGUGCUUUGAAUAUAUACAUACUGGUUUGAAAAAUUCCACUGAUAUUGAGGCUGGCGCCAAAUCAUUGUAGGCUCUGUUCAUCUUCCGUCCCAGAACUCAAUUGUUAAACUGUAGUAUCUUGUCUAUGAAAACCCAUUUUUAAACUUCUUAGACUUUUUUUUUUAAAUCCAUGAACUCAAGUAUCUGCUUUAAUAAUGGUUUUUCAAAAUGUGUUACAUUGUCUAGAAAUUUUUUAUUUUUUUUUACAUCGUGUUAAUGAGGAGUGUCUGUCAUCAUAGUAUGACCCGUGUAAAGAUGAGUCUUUAUGACAUAUUUCCCAGUCACCAGAGAAUAAUGUUUACAUUAUAAUACAAUACUGCAAAUUGCUGAAAGUAUGACAUUCAUUCAAAACACCUAUUGUUUCAUUUGAUACAAUAGUUUUAAUUUGAUGAAACUGAUUGUAUUGUUAUACUGCAUUUUUAAAUCCCCAUUGAAAAGGUACUGUGAACUUUUUAUGAGGACUUAUGGUGUGUCUUUGCUUUGUGACUUUGUUGUGAAUUUUUAGAUUUAAAGCACUGUUAGAACUUGAGCUUUUCUUUGCGUCAAAUUUGGUAGUCUUGGAUAUUGGUAGAAUAAAACAGAUUAAUAAGAAGUCCCACUGAUAACAGAAAUGCAGACAAUACAACAUCCAUCUCAUAAACACUGCUAUAGUUCUACAAAUUUGAUGUCCUUGGAUGCUAUACUUUGGCCGUUGCAGGUUUCCAAACCUGCAGUCUUGGGUAGUCAUACAGUGACAUAUAAUAACAUUAAUAAAUGCACUUAUUGGGAGGGCAUUUGGGGUUGUAUUCUUUACAUUUUAGAAUACUUCCAGUACUGGUACGAAGAUUUUUUGAGACUUUCAGUAUUUCGCAAAAAAUCAUUUUGACAGACUGCUAUGUAUAGCGUACGAAUCGGAUUAAGGAGGAAAUUUCCUCUUUGGAAAGUGAUGGUACAGAGUUCCCCACAUCGUAUGAAUACGAUAGAAAAACAUGACGUACAGAUAGGGUUAAUAGUCAGGUCUGCACAUACGUCUGUCCAUGAGAGGACAAAUUCUUCACAAAAUUUUAAAAUCUGGAUGUUCCUUUUGAAAUUUGUCUGUUGUAGUUAUAAUAGAAUAUUGAACAAAGCUGGUCCAAUGGUGAUUGCAGAUACUGUGUGUCGUUGACAUUCUUUGAAUUUCUGAUAAGUAAUCAACGGCAGGGCCGUUUUGUGUCCACGGAUUACUGGCUGUUAUUAUUUCCUGCUUGCAGACUCUCAAGACCUCUCUCUUCCUGAAAUGAUUGAAUCUUUUGAAUCUGAAACUGGAGCAUUAUGAGCUCUCCAACAGAUGUACAUAUGUAUCCAGAAUAUUAAUUUCUACAGAGAUUCAGGAAACAAUACCUGAAAUGUUAUGACUUUGUAUAAAACUUCUUUACCAUACCUAGAUGAAAGCGCUUGUAAUUUCGUAACCCACAAUUUGCAAGAAUAAUGCAGUAAAAACCUGUGUAAGGUGUCCUCUUUUUGCCCCUGUGAAUGGUUAUUGCCAUAUAUAUAAAAGUGCAUCAUCAUUGUUAUAAUGUGAAACAAAGAUCCCUGUGAAUUUCUUAAUCAAGAUCAGCAGUGUCAUUUGAUUUACAUAAGGUUGCCAUAGUGUGCAACUUUGCAGUGAAAGUGGGAUGUCAUGUUGCUGCACUGACAUAUAAAGGUCAAUGUCAGCUAAUUAGCUGUGUAGUCAAUUCUCAAGUGGGUUGGUUACACCUCUUUCAUUACACAAAACACAUAAAUAGGUUGCGUUUGGGUUUUGUCCACGGAUGAGUUUUGGUAAGGUUUUCCCAUCCCAGCUCCCAGGGAGGACCUAGCUUUCUACUUCUUGGAGAAAUAUGAGAAAAAAAAGAGAGUCUUGUGUGCAUGUUGGACAUGUUAAUGACACCGUGAUAGUUCAGAAUGGGAAGAAGAGCUGGCCUAGCCAUGAUAAAAUUUGAAUUCGUCCCUAUCCAUAAUUGUUGAACAGACUCUCCCCUAGGUGCUACUGGUUGGUGAAAAAUUUAAUAAAAUGUUCAUAACAGAAUGGGAGCAUAACGUUCAGGUGUGGAUCAAUCAAUUUUUUCACACUGCUUUUUGGGACGUACCAAACUUAAUGAAGGUAACGCGAAAAAUUAUGGCACAUUAUUGCUGACGCAAUCAACUAAAAGUCAAAGCAAAUGAAACUGAGUGGGAAUUAAAUUUCUUCAGCCUCUCAUUCAGCAUUAAGGACAAGAGCGUGUAUUAACUACCAAUGUUAAAAAAUGACAAAAUAUUGUAGUGAGCUGUUUGAACAAUUGGUGGUUGGCAUAUGCUGGGGCUGUUUCUUUUUUUUUUUUUGUGCUUGAUGGGGUUUGAUUGAAAGUGAUCUUAAGUGCAUUACAGAAGUGGUUGAUAUGCAAAGGUCAAAUAUAACUACAGGAGAAUAAUUCCCAGAGAGAUCCAGGUGAAGCAAGUGGUCGUCAAGUUAGGUUUUUGCCGUACUAAGAAAGCAUAUUAACACUUUUACCUUGUGUCUCUUGAAUGUCUUGUCUUAGCAUUGUGGUGGUGUUUUUAUUUUUUGAGGAGUUAAAUUGAAGAAGAAAAAAAUAUGUUGAUAUUUUGUUCUUUAAUGCCUAAAGAUAGCUGGAAAUACCAGUUUUGGGUUUACCUGGUUUAUAACAUUUCCAUCUUGCAUACCAUGGCAAAACUAGAAAUGGCAUGCAGCUCUGAUGUUACAUAAAACUUUCCUACUAGCCAAUGUAAGUGGUGUGAUGUACAUAUUCAUAUUGACCUGUACAUGUGAAUAAACCUGCAUGAACUUGCAUCCUUAG